AUGUCAUUUAAAUUAGUGAUUGAUGAAUCUGAAAAACAUAAUGUCUGGUCCCGUGCUGUUCAUAUCUUGUCAUCUGUGGAUGAGAAGAUCAGAAUUACACUUACUGACCAGGAAAUAAUUCUGUGGGCUGUCAACCAUACAUUUACCACACUAUGCCAGAUACGAUUUGAGAAAACAUUCUUUGAAAUAUUAGAAUUUAAGCCUUAUGAUAUUACGUUUGGAGACAGUGGUCUACAAAUUAUAACCGAUUCUCAGGGGAAUGAUCAUAGAUUGUAUUCCUUUAAAAUUAACGCCAAACUUCUCGCGAUGAUGUCUAAGAAACCCGACAGCGAGACAGUUACUCGUUUUUCAAUAGCUAUCAAUAACACAUCUGCAUGUCCAGAAACCCUAAUAAAUCAAUUACUCGUACACGUUGAACUUGAUUCUUUGAUUUCGAAAGAAUACUCAGUCCAUUUUGAACCAAUUAAGUAUGACCCCAUUGUGAUUAAUUUGAAAUAUAAGAGGAAAUUUGUUAAUGCCUUUGGGUCAAGUGCUACACCCGAAAGACCAGAUGGAAGAAUGGAUCCCGAUUUAAUUGAAAUCUUUCAGACUGCUGAACAUGAACUGUCGACUUCUCUAUUCAAUGAAGAAUUGUAUUCCAAAUCGAAAACAGAAAACGAGCUCACAGAAGAUGAUGAAAUUAAUUUUAUAAGUUGUAAUCAUGGUCUAAUACGAAAUUUUGUUGAAAAUUGUAAUGUUAACGUAACUGAUGAAAUGGAAUUAAAAAUUGGCUCGAAGACUAUGUCACUAACAGCAUUCACAAAAUCUAUAACGGACAGAAGUGGUGGUAUACUUAAAAAAGCUAUGAGAGUGUCAAACAUAUUUGUCUUGAGUGAUUUAGAUCUGUUUUGUCUCUUUACUGUCGAAGGUCAAAAGGGAGUAAGACAAACAGACAACAAAUCAUCCUUGAAACGACUUGUAUUUAAAGCAAAGGAUUUCAAGAACUUUGUGAGUAUGGGUAAUGUCUGGAAUAAUUUGAGAGGUAAUUCAUCGAACAUUAUAAGUAUAUGGUUUUGUCUUCCUGGAGAUCCAAUUAUGAUGGAAAUGUCAAAAGCAGGAGUAAAAAUUGAGUUAGUUGAAGUUACGGAUGGUAAUAGGAGCUCACCUGGACCACAAAGUAUGUACGCUCAUGGCGAGGCAUCUGCAGAAAAUGAAUAUACAUCACCUCCUAAGAGAACUACUUCGGGACGUAUGCAUGAUUCGAAUGAAGAGCAAGGAUCUUCAUUAAAACCGUUAAGACAUGCUACAAUUCUGCAACAUGAUGACAUAAUAAUAAGGGAUACAAGAUUAAGUCCUUUAAAGCCAUCGGCAAUAGAUAUAGAUGAAUCGGGGGAGCGUCAAACCGAAAAGUUACAAAUGAAAUUAAGUCCUAGAAGACUAUUUAUUAGAGAUAAUUCAACUGAACUAUCUACCGACAUAUCAAAAGAUUCCGAAACAAACUUAAAUAAUCAUAUUGAAAGUACUCACGACCUACCAUCAAAAAUUAAAGACAUGCAUGCAUUAAUCCCUCCUGAACGGAGCGAUACAACUGUUGGAUGGGGUAAAAGAAAAGUAGAUGCAAUGAGUGAUGAGGAGGACACAACUAGUAAUAGACAAGAAGAUCAAAGGAGUAUUCUUCAAAGAGAGAAAAGGAAAUACAUGAAGAAUGAUAAUGAAAAUGAUGAAAAUGAAAAGAAUGAAUUCGGACCUACACAAGUCCCAACAGCAAAAGAUAUCUUUGACUAG